CGGUGUUCUUCCUGAAAAGACACUCGCAUUGAAGCCGCUGAUGUCGCCGCAGAGAGGUCGGUAGGUUAAGUGUCACAAACAUCCAUUUUGAGAACUCCGGUAGAUCUUCUCAGUCUGCACUCGCGUGGCCGUGGACCAUCCGCUCUCAGAUUAAACGCAGUGUGCUUCGCUUCAGAACUUCGUCCUUUUAGAUGCCGCUCAGCCUUUGCAAAUGGCUUGUUGUCUGAAGGACGAGCUCCUCUGUUCCAUCUGCCUCAGCAUCUACCAGGACCCCGUCAGCUUCGGCUGCGAGCAUUACUUCUGCAGGAAGUGCAUCACCGAGCACUGGAGCAGGCAGGAGCCGCACGGGACGCGGGACUGCCCCGAGUGCCGCCGGACCUUCGCCGAUCCACUGCUGUCGCCGAGCCUCAAGCUGUCCAACAUUGUGGAGCGCUACUCGGCCUUCCCGCUCGACGCGAUCCUGAACGCGCAGAGGAGCUCCUACCCCUGCAAGGACCACGAGAAGGUCAAGCUCUUCUGCCUGACGGAUAAAAGCCUGGUGUGCUUCUUCUGUGACGAGCCGGCGCUUCACGAGCAGCACCAGGUGACCACCAUUGACGAGGCGUUCGAGGAGAUUCAGAGGGAGAUGAAGGAGCAGCUGGCUUCGCUGCAGGACAGUGAGAAGGGACACUCUGAGGCCCUCCAUCUCCUGCGGAGACAACUCACGGAGACCAAGUCUUCAGCCAAGAGUCUUCGUGCAACCAUCGGCGACGCGUUCGAGCGGCUUCACCGCUUCCUCCGAGAGCGCCAGAAGAGCAUGCUGGAGGAGCUGGAGAUGGACACGGCCCGCAAGCUGGCCGACAUCGAGCAGAAGAUCCAGUGCUACAGCCAGCAGCUGCGCGACGUCAAGGAGGGCAUCCAGAUCCUGCAGGAGCGCCUCAGCGAGACAGGCCACCACGACUUCCUGGAGGGCGUGGCCAUCACAUCCGAGAGGGUGUCUCAAACUGUGGUCCCUGGACCACCGGUGGUUCACAGGCACCCCCUAUUGGUCCGCGAGACUCGACCUGUCCAAGACAUUUCACCAGUGCCAGGAGCCCUGACCCUUGACCCCAUCACAGCCCACCAAAGACUGAUCCUCUCAGACGACUCCACCAUCGUGGCCUACGGGAAUCUCCACCCGCAGCCUCUGCAGGACUCGCCGAGGCGCUUCGACGUGGAGGUCUCCGUCCUGGGCGCCGAGGGCUUCGUAUCGGGCGUCCACUACUGGGAGGUGAUGGUGUCGGAGAAGACGCAGUGGAUGAUCGGCGUGGCCAACGAGACGGUGAGCCGCAAGGGCAGCAUCCAGAUCCAGCCCAGCCGCGGCUUCUACUGCAUCGUGAUGCACGACGGCAACCAGUACAGCGCCUGCACCGAGCCCUGGACGCGCCUCAACGUCAAGAGCAAGCUGGAGAAGGUGGGGGUGUUCCUGGACUACCCGAAAGGCCUGCUCAUCUUCUACAACGCAGACGACAUGUCCUGGCUCUACACAUACCGGGAGAAAUUCACCUCCAAGGUCUUCCCUUAUUUCAGCCCCGGCCAGAGCCACGCCAACGGCAAGAACGUGCAGCCGCUGCGCAUCAACACCGUGCGGCUCUAAGGGGAAACGUCGCUGGUUGCAGAUGACCAAACAGAUGAUUAAAUCAUAGGUGACAGAAAUGUUUAAAAAUGUGUAUUGGGGGUGUUAAUGUUUUUUUUUGUUUUUUAUUUUAGUUCUGUCAAGAAUCAUGCUCUCCGAAAUGUUUAUUUUUUAAGAACUUUAAGUCGUCGUUUGCACUUGGACCUCAUAGAGCAUCCUGUUGGGAACAAAGAGGACACUAAGUGGAGAAUCAUCGGUUCUCCUGGGCUUUGACAGACGGAGACGAAGAACAUUCCUCUUAGAGUAACUGUCUGAGGCCCAACUCACACUCCCAGGCGACUCGCUCUCACUACAAAGCUAAUGUCAGGCUCCAUGUCGCCUGUUUGUUUCCAAACAAGUGCACCAGUGAAGAACAGCCACUUGUCUUCUGCUAUACUGCUGGCUUCCUGUGCUGGAUGUGAUUGACAGCCCUCCUGUUUUAGUUUUCUCUCCGUUUUUCAGACGGUGACUCACUCGUGUCAAGUGUUCUGGUAUCUUGGAGUUGUUGCUGUUUUGAUUUUUUAUAAGUUAAUUUGUGGAUUUUGGCUUCAAAAGAGCCUUAAAUAUGAGAUAUCAUUUUUGUUUUGGACUAUUGUGUUUCUCUGUGUAGUCCAUCAUUGCGAAGAAAACCUGUGUGUGUGUGUGUGUGCGUGUGUGUGUGUGUUCCUUUUGUUUUAUUUCUAAAUACUUAAGAGUAGAAAAGCACUACUUGCAAAAGUAUUCACACUUCUUGAAUUUUGUCUCACAUUACGACCAAAAGUUCAAAGUAUUUUAUGUGACUGAUCGACACAAAGCGAGUUUGAGCUUGUUACGUGAAGAAGGAUACAUAGUCUCUGAAAAGUAUGGCAGGCAUUUGUAGUCGGCCGCUUUUCUUUGCUGAACAGGUCGAGCUCAGACUGGAUGGAGAACUGGAUGAAGUUUUAACAUAGAUUGUUCACUAGAUUUAAGUCUGAACUUUGACUAGGCCAUUCUAACACAGGUAUCUAUUUUAAUCUAAACCGUUAUUCUUUAGCUCAGGCUACAAAACAAAAGUAGAACCUCUGCCCUGGUUUGAUUGCCCUCAAUUCAACCCAAUCCAGCUUCAUGUCAACUUUGACCAGUUUCCCUGUUGGUGAAAUACACAGCAUGAAGCUGCCACCACCAUCUGUCUUUUUGGAGGGUGUGUUUCAGUGACGGUUGGUUGAUUUUUCUUUUUUUUUUUUUUUUUCCGUAUGUUGGUCAAAAAGUUGCUCGGUUCUGGUUUUCUUCUUGCCAGUCUUCCAUAAAAACCACAUUUGAGAAGAAUUUAAGUGACAGAUUCUUCCACCUGAGCUAUGAAUCUCUACAGACCCUCCAGAAUUGCCUUUUUGUCUCAUUUCUGAGGGUAAAUAGUUGCACUGGUUUUAUUUGUAGUGUUUCAAGGGGGUAAAAAUAAAUGCUUCCCGCACUUCUUUUUUGUGUAAAAACAGUAGGAACUCUUCAUCAUUCUAUUUCUACAUCAUAAUCCUAAUUAUGCGCUGCUCUCUCUUGCUUUCACAACAUAACAAAAUGUUGGCUGUAACUUCAUAAAACAUGGCUGCAUCGGGGGGGGUGAAUACUUUUCUAAUGCGUUGUGCUCGGUAGGUAAUUUUAAAAAGGCAGGACAUUGCUUAGGCAAAUGCUGCUAUUGGUGAAGCAAGGACCUUCAAGUUUGUAUAUAAAGUAAAAAGGAAGAAGUCUCCAGUGGAGUUGUUCAUAUUUAAGUUGCUGUCCUUUUUCUGAGAUGUCCUCAUGUUUCUUCCCUCAUCUUGUCUUAAUAUUAAAUGGAUAUUAAAUUAAGUAAAUAUUGAUUCUUGUUGUCGAGGGAGGUGUGAGGAGAGUGCCACAGAGAACCAGUGUCCUCUUCUAUUAAUUCACCUCAUUUGUUAGAUGAAAUUGAGCUGAAUGUUUGGAGAAGAGGCAGUGGGCGAGUGAGUUAUGUGCUGGUGUUGCAUGAUAAUAAAAAUCACAGAUCAUUC